AUGAGCUGGCUCAACAGUAACUCUCCAGGGGACUUCAUUCUCUUGGGCUUCUCUGAUAAGCCCCAGUUAGAGAUUGUUCUCUUCGUGGUUAUCUUGAUCUUCUACAUCUUGAACCUGGUGGGGAACACAAUCAUCAUAUUAGUGUCCUGCCUGGACCCCAAACUGCACACCCCAAUGUACUUCUUCCUUACCAACCUGUCCUUCCUAGACCUCUGCUUCACCACUAGUGUAGCUCCGCAAUUGUUGGUCACCAUGAGAAGCAAAGACAAGACCAUGAGCUACAGUGGGUGUAUAGCUCAACUCUAUGUGGCCAUGGGGCUGGGAUCCACUGAAUGCAUUCUCUUGACCGUCAUGGCGUAUGACCGCUAUGCAGCAGUGUGCCGCCCCCUCCACUAUGCAGUCAUCAUGCAUCCUCGGCUCUGCCUGUCUCUGGCUGCCACAGCAUGGCUCAGUGGCCUCGCCACCUCUCUGAUCCAGUGCUCUCUCACUAUACAGCUCCCCCUGUGUGGUCACAAUAAGCUUGACCACAUCUUCUGUGAGGUGCCAGUGUUGAUCAAGUUGGCUUGUGUAGACACCACCUUUAAUGAGGCCCAACUCUUUGUUGCCAGUGUGGUCUUCCUUGUGGUGCCUGUCUCUCUCAUUCUGAUCUCCUAUGGCUACAUCACCCAGGCCAUAUUGAGGAUCAAAUCUGCAUCAGGACGUCGUAAAGCAUUUGGGACUUGUUCUUCUCACCUGGUGGUCGUAAUCAUCUUCUAUGGGACCAUCAUCUUCAUGUAUCUGCAGCCAGUCAAAAAUAGGUCCAAAGACCAGGGGAAGUUUGUCUCCCUCUUCUAUACCAUAGUCACACCUCUGUUAAAUCCUCUCAUCUAUACCCUGAGGAACAAGGAUGUGAAAGGAGCACUAAGAAAGCUGAUAUUGGGGAAAGCUAGAGGUUAG